AUUGAAAUGCUGUGCUGUUCAAUUCAUGAAUGGCUGACACUUAUGGGAAGCAGAUGCAGGAGGGAAAAUUAAUUCCUACCAGAAAGAUUUGUAAGUUUCUCAAAUCUGUUGGAUAUUUCCAGUUCAGAACUUCUCCCACCAACACCAAAUCACGUUUUCAAUAUGAAGAUCUCUUGUUUCUGCAUAGAAGUUGACGACUCAAAUUGCCCACAUGCUCAUAUGCAUGCGUUCACUUGCUCUCCUAUAUAAACUAACCCCUCCCCGCUUUUCUCACUCAAAUUCCCUCACUUUCUCUGCCUCCAAACAAACACCAAGAAAGAUAACCCUUAACCUCACAAUAACCAAGAAUCGAGAUCAAUGGCUUACUCAAUCUCUGCUUUGAGAACCUUCUCUUCUGCUACUUCCGUGAAAGCAGCCGCACCGAGAUCAAACAUUAAUGGUGUUGUGCCUGCCAUACCAUCACUGUUUCCUUUCAAGCUGACUCAAAACCCAAUACUCCUCGCAAAAUCUUCAAGCUUUGGCAACUUCUCAGGGAUUAAGAGAUCUUUCUCUUGCAAAAGCCAAACUGCCUCAACUGAGGAUUCAAGACCGGCCACCAAAGUUCAAGAACUGAACGUUUACGAGAUCAAUGAGAGAGACCGUGGAAGCCCUGCUUAUCUUCGUUUGAGCUACAGGCCUGUCAAUACUCUUGGUGAUCUUGUGCCUUUUAGCAACAAACUUUACACCGGAGACCUACAGAAACGCAUAGGAAUAACAGCAGGAUUAUGCAUUCUGAUCCAACACAAAACGGAAAAGCAAGGUGACCGGUAUGAGGCAGUCUACAGCUUCUACUUUGGUGACUACGGUCACCUUUCGGUGCAGGGAGCUUAUUUGACCUACGAGGACACUUAUCUCGCUGUGACCGGUGGGUCAGGUAUUUUUGAAGGGGCGUAUGGUCAGGUUAAGCUGCGGCAGCUUGUGUUCCCUUUCAAGCUGUUUUACACAUUUUAUUUGAAGGGCCUUAAGAACGAUUUGCCUGAGGAGCUGGUUGGGAAGCCUGUUGAGCCGACCCCUGCUGUUGAGCCGACCCCUGCGGCUAAGGCUGCUGAGCCACAUGCUACCAUUGCUAAUUAUAGUGAUUAAUUACGCGUGUAAAGUCGUUUAAUCAUUAAUCGUUUUCGCAAUGGAAUAUUUGUAGGGUAAUAAAUAAAUAUUAACCAGUGUUUGUUGCUUC